AUGGAUGACACGGAAAUCGUUGACAUGACGAGAAAGAAAGCGAUUGAAACAUCCGUGCGAAAAUCCACAUUCCAGUUCUGGGCAAUCCUGAGCGGCCGCCGUUCGCCCACACGUGCAGCUCACCGUCGUGGGGAUGGUUCGAUUUCCCAGCUUGAGUAUGAGACCACACGUUGUGUGAAGGCAUCAUCCUUCUUCGUCAUGCAUAGGAAUCGGCAAUCUUUGUCCCGACCAUGUCCGGAUGUUUGUUCCGCUCUCAAACGAGCUCAUUGUUGA